AUGGUAUGCGAGCGGAAUAUUGCGUCUCCAAGAGAGCAUCUAGAUGAUCCAAUGAAUGGAAGACAUCGCGCAGUAAGUGAGGACUCUGACUUAGAAGAAGAAAUGAUGCGUGUAAACGUUUUCGACUAUGAAUGGAGAUGUCAAUUGCAUGUAGGAGAUCAAGUGGACGCUCAAAAUGUCUUUGGCAAUUGGUGUACAGCCAAAAUUUUGCAAGUUGCAGAUGGGGAAGUACUGCUACAAUUUCUCACUAUGCACGAGACCUGGAGACAAUGGCUGCAGCUUGAUUCUGGUCAACUGGCACAAGCUGGUACUAAGGUACAGAAUGACAGUGUACCGGUUCGUCAGGCUCAGCAGAUUGAAGUGCGUCCUGGUGGAGCAAACAGUUCCUUAUGGAAGGAAGCAUUUGCAGUUCGAGCACUUGGAGGAAAAAUGCUGGUGCGUUAUGCUGGACGCGAUCAGAAAUUUGACGAGUGGAUUCCGUUCACUCCAGCAACGGUAGCACCUGCUGGAGAACACUUGCAACUUCGUGGACGUGGCAAUACGUUGGAACAGAGGAAAAUGGCUGUAAACGUGACACAUCGUCGUGUUAUUCAAGCUCAAAACCCAAGAUUUACACACUACCGCGACUCACUGCUGGGUACCCUCGGACUUCGAAUUUAUGAUAUUGAAGGAGAUGGCAAUUGUCUCUUCCGCUCGGUUAGCCACCAAAUAUAUGGUAACGAUAGUCAUCAUGCCCUUGUACGUGCGGCUUGCAUGGACUAUAUGGAGAGCGAGAAGGAGUACUUUGAGCCAUAUGUGGUGGGCGACAUGGCAGCGUUCAUGCGCUACUUGUGUCACAAAAGGCGUGAUGGUGUCUGGGGAGAUGAUCCAGAGCUCCAGGCAAUGUGCGAGCUAUACGAUCGUCCUGCUGAAGUGUUUGCGUACGACCCAGUCCAGGGCUUCCGGAAGCUGCGGUGCUACCACGAGAACAGUGCCCUCUCUCGUUGUAGGCCUCCUAUUCGGCUAAGCUAUUAUGGAGGAGGCCACUACGAUUCACUUGUUGGGCACAAUCAUCAAGUAAACUUAAUUCGAGAGACCCCAGGCCUGUGGGAGCAGCGGCAUAUCGGGUAUUCUCGACGAAUUAAUUCACGUGAUAUACGUGAUGGUGUCGCUGGUGUGGAGCAACAGGUGCAGGCUCAGUCUGAUCGUGAACGCACAGAUGUGAAGCAGUUGGAACACAUUCUCAUGCUAUCACGAAGCGAGUUUGACGCCAUGGAUACGAGCUUAGAGGAGAUACUAAAGCUGUCGCUUGCAGAGCACGGCGGAGAGGCUUUGCCGGCACAGGCACAUCUAGAGUCUGAAGAGAUCGAAGAAACUACCCGUGCAAGUGAGAUCGCUGCAAUCCAGGCUGAGUUACUGGCAAAGGCAAAGGCUGAGUCGGAAGAAGAGCAGUUGAUGUCUGCUAUUCAAGCAUCGUUAGGCGGCAAUGCUCCGAAAAGUGAUGGCAACUUUGAUGCACAAGUAUCAGCAGCAAUUCAAGCCUCCCUAGGAGAUACUGGAGCAAGCGUUUUUGCCGGAGACUACGACGAACAGCUGCGUCGUGCCAUAGAGCUGUCAGCUCAAGAAUAUGCACCCCCAUCGCAGGUGUUUGGAUUGGGCGGUGAUGAUUCGGGAAACAUAGACGAGAUGGAUGAGCUCCAACGUGCAAUUCAAGCUUCACUGGAGCGAUCCUAA